UUUGGACGUUAAGCAAGUCAUGAAAGUUUACUUUUCUCUUUAGAGGUCACAAGACCAGUUAAUGGUUAGUGAGAUCUCAGUGGGUGUUCGGUGUCCACGCCUGUGAAGGGCUGGGUUUUCUGGUCUCUUUGGCAUUAGGAGUCGGCUUCCUUCCAGCUCUGAAACUAUCAGCUCGACGAUGCCCAGAGGCCUUGGGAAGAGAUGCCUCUGGCUUUGGGGGCUCCUUCUGUGGCUUGGCAUGGGAAGUUCAGGAGAUGCACCUCCCACCCAUCAGCCAAAGUGCACUGAUUUCCAGAAUGCCAGUUUCCUCCGAGGCACCAAUUUGAAAGUCCAAUUUCUCCUCUUCACCCGUUCAGAUCCCAGCUGUGGGCAGCUACUGAAAGAAAGCAGUAACCUUGGAAACUCUGGAGUCAAUGUCUCUCUGGGAACCAAACUACUUAUCCAUGGAUUCAGGGCUUUAGGAACAAAGCCUUCCUGGAUUGAUCGACUCAUUAGAACCCUUCUGCAUGCAACUGACGCUAAUGUAAUUGCCGUGGACUGGGUUUACGGCUCCACGGGUGUCUACUUUUCAGCCGUGGAAAAUGUGGUGAAGGUGGGCCUUGAGAUCUCCCGCUUCCUCCAUAAACUCCUGGCGCUGGGUAUGCAGGAGUCCUCAAUCCACAUCAUUGGUGUUAGCCUGGGGGCCCACGUCGGGGGCAUGGUAGGACAUUUCUACAAUGGCCAGUUGGGACGGAUAACAGGCCUGGACCCUGCUGGACCAGAGUACACCAGAGCCAGCCUGGAGGAGCGCCUGGACGCCGGAGAUGCCCUCUUUGUGGAAGCCAUCCACACAGAUACUGACAAUUUGGGUAUCCGGAUUCCCGUUGGACACGUGGACUACUUUGUCAAUGGAGGCCAAGACCAACCUGGGUGUCCCACAUUCAUUCAUGCAGGUUACAGUUAUCUGAUCUGUGAUCACAUGCGGGCUGUGUAUCUCUACAUCAGUGCCCUGGAGAGUUCCUGCCCAUUGAUGGCCUUUCCCUGUGCCAGCUAUGAGGCCUUCCUUGCUGGACACUGCCUGGAUUGCUUUAACCCUUUCCUGCUCUCUUGUCCACGGAUUGGGCUGGUAGAACAAAGUGGUGUCAAGAUAGAGCCACUUCCCACGGAAGUGAGAGCCUACCUCCUGACGACUCCCCGGGCUCCAUACUGUGUACAUCACAGCCUCGUGGAGUUUCACUUGAAGGAAGCAAGAAACAAGGACACCAACAUCAAAGUCACCUUCCUUAGCAGCAACUUCACCUCCUCAGUCAAGAUCACCAUACCUAAACAACAACUCCAGGGGAAAGGAAUCCUCGCCCACCCCUACCCGCCGUGCCAGAUAAACCAAGUGAAACUCAAAUUUCAGGCUUCCAAAUGGGCUUUGAGAAAAGAUCGGACUACCAUUGUUGGGAAGUUUUGCGCUGCACCUUUGCCCCUCAAUGACAGUAAAAAGAUGGUCUGCUUACCGGAACCAGUGAACUUACAAGCAAGUAUAGCUGUUUUUCACGACCUGAAAACAGCCUGUGUGUAGUAUCAGCCUGUGUACAACGUCCAGCCCUGGAUUUCUAUGGGAACAACUUAUCCUCGGUCAUUACUAUUAUAGAGGAAGGCACAACUCCCAGUUAUUUCCUCCAUAAUUAGCCUCUUUGGAGGUGAGAGAUGGCUCAUUUUACAAAGCUUGAUCUCCAUUGCCCAAUUGAAGAGCCUUAUAUAGAUACCAUUUUAGCUCUCCUAUUAACAUUUUUUUUAUUAACAUUUAACUGUGACUACUCCAUAUCCUUUGGCAUCUGUACCUGGUAUUCAAUAUAUGGGGAAAUUUCUCUCUCUCUCCCUGUUUUUUUUUUUUUUAUACAACUCCAUGAAACAUAUGAAUUGUUUAAUUGUUUUAUUAGAAUGGAAUUCUGUUAUAUACAUAAAAUGUGAUUUACAGUCUGUGAGACUGGAGAGAACAGUAGAUGUGUUGGGUCCUUCGUACUGAAAUAAGCAACUGAAAAAAAGCACUUGAAACAAGGAAUGGAAUGAAGGGAGGGGAGGAAGACGAUGCCAUUCACCAUCCCUUACCAUUGCUGCCUCUGGGUAUCUGGAAGAUUUUUGGGAUUGCAGAAAUCUUUUGGAGAUACAAGUAAAUUUUCUUUGGGUCAGUGUUUCCCAAAAUUUGUUCUUUGUAAAUAACCUUGUAUUAGCCACAGUCUAGCAAGAAACAGAUGGUACACUCAAAUUGAGUAUUUGAGGAGAAUUUAAUAAAAGGACUAUUUACAAAGGUGUGAGUACGGGGUAACAGGGAAUCACCAUCUGGGGCUAGUGGCUGUAGGGCUGGAGCACCAGAACCUGGAGACAGACAGGGCUGUUGGACCGUCAGCUAAGACACAGCCAGCCUGCAGCGAUGCUGCAGGGAGGGAGCCAGUAAAAUAGAUUUCUCGUCUGGAGCUACCAGCGGUGUUCAACUAGUUCCAGGUUUGGUGACUAGUUACCCAUCUGUGAAGCAGAAAGAACAUUCUUUCCUUCAGAAGUAUAGGGGUCUGAGAUUUUAUUACCUUUUUCAAUAUGGGUAUUCAUUCAGACACAAUAGUCUUUAGAACAACAAAACUCAUCAGAAGUGAGCGAUGAUGAAUCAUUGGAAAAAAAUAACUUAUUUUAUUUAUUUUUGUUGUUGAAAAUAUACUUGGAACAUAUACGAAUUCAACACAUUCAAUAUGUAUAAUUUAUUGAUACCGAUUAUAUUCUCCAAGUCAUGCAACCAUUCUCACCCUCCUUUCUUGAGUUGUUCCUCACCCAUUAACAUAAACUCACUGCCCCCUAAGUUUCCCAUCUAAUCCUCCAAGUUGCCGUUGUUGAUUUGAUCCAUAUAUAUAGUGCUGUUGUCAGUAUGAUCCCAUAUACAUAGUUCUUAAAAGAGCACAAUGCUCAAAGCAGACAUUUCUUUACUGGUUAAGCGAGACUAUUGCUUGGUUUAAAGAAGACUUCAGAAGAUAUUUUUGGUUUAAAGUUAUAACUCUUGAAAUAAAGGCUUGUUGUUUUUUAUGAUUAUAAAAUUCAGCUCAUUAAAAAAAAAAUUCAUCAAAUACAGAAAGUUAUGAAAGUGAAAACUACCAUUAGUCCUACCACUAGAGUUAAUCAUUAUUGGUAAUUUGUUUUAUAUCCUUUCAGAACCUCUGAAAUCAUGUUUUAAGGAAUUUUUUAAGCUAUUAAUAGAAAUCUCUAUAAUUUGUUGUGUAUUCUGAUUAUGGACUAAACCCAAGCUUCAGAGAAAAGGAAUCAGGGAUUUGCUAAGGCAAUUCGUCCUGCUGAAAGUUACAAAGCAAUCUGAACUUGGAAUAACCACACAACAAUAAUAGCUAACAUUGUACAGAAUUUUGCUAUGUGCCGGGCACCGUUCUGAGUGUUUCACAUAUAUUACCCACUGCCGGCAAGCCUAUGAGGUUAUAAUCCCCACUUUACAGUUUAAAAAAUUGAGAGAUGAGAAACUUUCAAGGUCCCAGAGUGAGAUCCUAAAGGAGCCAGGACUCAAACCCCAGAUGUCUGGCCCGAGAACCAGGUGAUGAACCACUACUCUAACUGGUAUUAGAACAACCUGUUGCCAUCGAGUUGAUUCCAACUCAUAGUGACCCUAUGGGACAGAGUACAAUUGCCCUAUGGGGUUUCCAAGGAGCACCUGGUGGAUUUGAACUGCCAACCUUUUGGCUACCAGCUGAACUUUUAACCACUGCACCACCAAGGCCGUCCCUCCCAAGGGCUUGCAAUGCAACAAGGCAGGACUGGUUACAUAAUAUUUGGGGUCCUGGGAAAAAUAAUCCUGUGGGCUCCCGUUAAAAAAUUAAUAAGAACUUCAAGAUGACGACAGCACACAGCAAGAAGCCAAGAGUGGGCCCUUGUAAGUGUGGGGUCCUGAGUAACGGAAGAGGUCUCAUGCUCAUGAAGCUGGCUUUGCUGCCAGGUGACCAUGCUCACUAUUAGUCCCUGAGGAACUGGGCAUCCUAGCUGAACCUGUGUAGUCAGAGCUGACUGUGAGCCCAAACAAAACUUCAGCUGGCCAAGGAAAGAAUAAGAGAAAUCUUGUAGGCCCUUUGAGAGGGAUCAAGUGUUUCUUAUAGAAAAUGUUCAGACCCCAAGGAGCGUUCUGGUGUUGAGCACCACUUGAUUUUCAGGUAAAUGAUGACCAAAGCUCAGGCCUUUCUAUACCUGAGGCUGAUGGGAGCUUGGUCCUCAGAGGUACGGCCCAUAAGAGGUAAGAGGGAGCCUGUGUCCAGAAGUGUUUCAGGAACACUCUCCUUAACACUUGGAGCACAAGAUGCCAGGGAGAGAUUGGGAUGGGGUGAUGCGGGAGAACAUGGUUUCCCUGUCACUCAGCUGAGAAAGGCCCUUCUCUGUCCAUGUCUGAAGAUCCACCCUUUGGGAACACUGAGAAGAAUGUUUUUGGAAUGACCUGCUACUCAUAUGUCCCACAGUUGUAGGGUUGUCUAGAGAUUGAAAUGUCAAUUCAGAUCCUUUGCCCAUUUCUUUUAAUUGUAGUAAAAAAAUAUAUAAGACAACAUUUGCCAAUUCAGAAUUUUCCAGGUGUUUGUUUUACAAUGCCGUGAUAUUAAUGACACUACUCAUGUUGUGCAACCACCAUCCAUAAUUGUUGCCAAAUUUCCCAUUACCAUGAAUAAACACUGCUUCCUGACCUUUGCCCAGUUUUAAAUUGGGGUAUUUGUCUUUUUUAUUAUUGAGUUGUAUGAGUUCUUUUUUAUAUAUAUUCUGGCUACAGUUCCCUUAUCAGCCAUAUGAUUUGCAAAUAUUUUUCUCCUAUCUUAUGGGUUAUUUUUUCCCUUUUUGACAGAGCCCUUUAAAAAAAAAAAUUUUUUUUUUCUUUUUUGAAGAAGAAAAGUUUCUGAUUUGAUGAUGCCCAAUUUAUCUUUCUUUCUUUUGUCACUUGUUUUUUGUGUCAUAUCUAAGAAGAUUUGCCUAACCCAAGGUUUAGUUAUUGCUUCUAAGAGUUUUCUAAUUUUAACUAUUACAUAUAGAUCUGUGAUCUAUUUGGAGUUAGUUUCUGUGUAGGGCAUAAAGAAGAGAUCAAAUUUUAUUCUUCUGCGUGUUAUCCAAGCUCUGUUUGUUGAAAGACUUUUCCCGUUGAAUUGUCCUGGCACCCUUGUAAGAAACCAAAAAACCAAACCCAAACCCAUUGCCAUCAAGUCAAUUCCGACUCUAGUGAUGCUAUAGGACAGAGCAGAAUGGCCCACAGAGUUUCCAAGUAGCGCCUGGUAGAUCCUAACCUUUUGGUUAGCAGCCAAACUCUUAACUACUACAUCACCAGGGUUCGGUUGGCUAUAAAUGUAAAAGUUUAUUUCUGGACUCUCAAUUCUAAUGCACUGGUCCACAUGUCUAUCCUUAUGUCAGUACCACACUGUCUUAAUUACUGUAGCCUUGUAGUAAGCUAUACAAUCAGGAAAUGUUGGUCCUCCAGCUUUGUUCUUUGGAAGAGCUUGUAAAGAAUUGGCAUUAAUUCUUUUUUAAAUGUUUGGUAGAAUUGACCAAAGGUAUUAGCUGAAUUUUGUCCCCCCAAAGAUAUGUUGAAGUCUUAACCCCCAAUAUCUGUGAGUGUGACCUUAUUUGGAAAAGCGAUCAGAUAUAAUCAAGUUAAAAUGAGGUCAUACUGAAUUAGGAUAGGCCUAAUCCAAUAUGGCUGCUAUCCUGACAAGAAGAGAAGAGACACCAAGACAGAUACCCGGGAAGAACACCAUGUAACGAUAUAGGAAGGCAUUGGGAUGGUGUGUCUACAAGCCAAGGACAACCAAGGAUUGCCGGCAAUACCAGAAGCUAAGAGAAAGGCAUGGAACACAUUCUCCCCUAGAGCCUUUGGAGAGAAUAUGGCCCCACCGACACCUUGAUUUCAGAUUUCCAGCCUCUAAAAUUGUGAAAAUAAAUUUCUGUUGUUUUAAGCCACGUAGUUUAUAGUACUUUGUUACAGCAGCCCUAGAAAACUUAUGUUCUUGUUAUUGCUGCGUUGAUGAACGGAUGUGACAGAGUAGAACUGCCCCUUGGGGUAUUCUUGGCUGUAAGCUUUAUGGAAAAGGAGCCCUGUGGCACAAUUGUUAACCACUUGGCUGCUAACCGAAAGGUCAAUGGUUCGAACCUACCAGCUGCUCUACAGAAGAAAAGACCUGGUGAUUUGCCCUCAUAAAGAUUACAGCCUAGGAAACCCUAUGGGGCAGCUCUACUCUGUCAUAUAGGGUUGCUAUGAGUUGGGAUCAACUAAAUGGCACACAACAACAAUCUUUAUGGAAGCAGAUCAUUGGUUACUUCUCUGCAGAGCCACUUUUGGGUUCGAACAGCCACACCUUUUGGUUAGCAGCAGAGCGCUUAACUGUUGCGCCACCACGGCCCCUUAGGAAACUAAUACAUCAGGUGAAACCAUCAAGGCCUGGGCUUUUCUUUGUGGGUUUUUUUUUUUGCAUGUUUUCAUUAACUUUUUAAUUAAAAUGAAUCCUUUUCAGAUUCCCUGGCUUUAUUCAGCAGUCUUUUAUUGAUACGAUUAAACAAUAUGAAAGAAACAAAAAAAAGAAUUUAAAAUUAUGAUAGCCACCACCAUCAUGUAAUAAAGCAAAUGAAAGGCUGCUUUGACCAUGCUCAUUCAAUCUCCCCCAAUGGUUGUACACGUACACUUGAUACACCCAAGCCGUUCUGUAUUAGACAGGAAAUUACUUAUAUUACACUUUAAAGUUUAGAUAUAUCAUUGUUGCAUGAUCACCUGCAUGAGUUUCAUAGUAAAUAAUAAUUAUUUAAGAUAUAGGUCUAAUGAUGCGCAUGUAGUUUAGCUCAAUCCGCAGGCAAGCUGCUGUAGCAUGUUGUUGCUGUUAGGUGCUGUCAAGUUGGUUCCAACUCAUAGUUGCCCUAUGUACAACAGAACGAAACACUCCCAGUCCUGCACCAUCCCAUCGUUGCAGCCACUGUGUCAAUCCAUCUCGUUGAGGGUCUUCUUUUUUGCUUACCCUCCGUUUUACCAAACAUGAUGUUCUUCUCCAGGGACUGAUCCGUCCUGAUAACAUGUCCAAAGUAGAUGAGAUGUAGUCCCUCCAACCUUGCUUCUAAGGAGCAUUCUGGUUGUACUUCUUCAAAAAUGUUGUUGUUAGUUGCCAUAAGUCUGCCUCAACUCAUGGUGACCCCAUGCACAAGGGAACGAAAUGCUGCCUGGUUCUGUGCCAUCCUCACGAUAGUUUGCGAAUUGUAGCAUUGUGAUUCGUAGGGUUUUCGUUGGCUGAUGUUUUUCAGAAGUAGAUGGCCAAGCCUUUCUUCCUGUGGGUGGUUUUUUGAUUGUGACUCAAUCUCUUUAUUUAUUUUAGGUUUAUUCAGAUUUUCUAUUUCUUCUUUUGUCAAUUCUAGUAGUUUGUGUCUUUCCGGAAAUUUAGUCUAAGUUACCUUAGGUUUGUUGGUAUACAAUUAUUCCCGGUAUUCUCUUAUAACUCUUUUUAUUUCUGUAAGAUUGGUAGUGAUGAUGUUCCCCCUUUUAAUGAUUGAAAUGGAAUGGACUGGUUCAAAGCUUGAAAGACACAGUCUUAAGUUUGGAACAAACCUUAAAGUUUCAUCGAGAGCAGUGCUUCUUAGACCUGGUUACGUGUUAGAGUCAUUUGAAGAGCAUUCUAAAACACUGAUGCCCUAGAUUAGUUGAAAUUUUGGAGCCCUGGUGGUGCAAUGGUUCAGAGCUUGGCUGCUAACCAAAAGGUCAGCAGUUUGAAUCCACCAGCCACCCCUUGGAAACCCUAUGGAGCAGUUCUACUCGG